CUGAGAAAGGUCCCAACGAAACUUCAAGUGUUCUGGGAGACGCACAUGAAUUGGCGAUUAGCUUUCGGUGUGAUUGGCAUUAAGAUGAACAAUCAACUUGUUUAGUUUCUCUUUACGAUUUGGCUUAUGUGAGAUCGACACGAGCCGUCCCUGUCCACGCGUCCGCGCAGAAACCCUCAUGAGACUCCAAGAACCAUGUCAAGGUUGGUAAGGACACGUAUCAAUCGCCAAACUAUGGCAGUGAAUGGAUUGCGCAGUCUCCAUCUUCAAAUACCCAGAAACUGAACGCACCACCGUAGAUGGACAGGCUCAUGAAUUUGUCGUUUUCUUGCUCUCACAAUUUCCCAACAUUACAAAAGUCGUUAUUUUCUUGGUUCCCGCUUUCUACACAUUUUCACCAACUGUCUUUCUCUUUGUCCCGAUGUUUCCAUAAAUUAGGAAUAAUUCCCAAUUCCCCGGUCGGUCACCGCAAGAACUUGCUGGUUUUCUUCCUCUUCCUUUCUGGUUUUCUCUUUUUUGCUCACAACCCGUUCUGGGUUCGUAAACAUGAGCCAGCAAGCGCCGUUUUGUGAGAUUAGAGCUAGUUCAGGGGAUGAAGUUGAUGGGUCUUCAAGCAACCAUGGAGAUGGUUCUAUUUUUCCUGUUUCUGCGUCACCUGAGCUCAACCCAUUGUCCCAAAUCUUUAGUUCCUUCACUUACUGUGGUGCGGAGGCAGACUGCUUUCAAGAUGUUUGGGGAAGUUUACCUGAUUAUCAGCUUGACUCGACUGCACAGAACGUGUUGGAUAAUAUGCCUGCGAGAGACUCAGGUUGUGAAGUGAACGAAGGUGACUCAGCUGGGAGGAAAAGGGGGUUUGAUGAAACUGGUUAUCGAAGAUGUAGUAGCGAAGAGCCUAACGAGGUGUCUAGAGAAUCCAAGAGAAGGCUAAAUGAGCGGCCUAAAAGAACACGCUCAGCUGAAUUACAUAACAUCUCAGAGAGGAGGCGAAGGGACCGGAUCAAGGGCAAGAUGAGAGCUUUGCAAGAGUUGAUACCCAACUGUAACAAGUUGGAUAGAGCUUCCAUGCUUGAUGAUGCAAUAAACUAUCUUAAAGCCUUAAAGCUUCAAGUUGAAAUGUUGUCCACGGGCGGAGGAACACCAUGCCAAUUUCUUCAUAUGUCUCCAGCUGGGAUUCAAAGCAUGCAAUUUCCUCAGUUUUCUCCAUUUGUCCCCUUGAGACAGGGUUUGGGAUUGGGAAUGGGCCUGGGAUUUGGCACGGGAAUGCUUGGAGCAUGCUUUUCAACUAAUCUCCAUCCUUCUCUGUUAGCAACUGCUACGAGAUUGCCUCUGAUUUCUGGAUGUGGGGAGUUUCCAUUCUCCCACAUGCAAAAUCCAUUUUUUCAUUCCCAAACCUUGCCUGAAGCAGCUGCCUCAUCGUCCUCGCUGCAGGCGUUCUUAGCAGGGUUUUCCCCUGCAUUAAACUGUUCAAAUAAGGGAGAUUUUGUUUGUCAAAGUGAAGCAACUGGUAGCAUUAAUUACAAGCAUUAAUUACCAGCAACUCUCAUUAAUCAAUCAGAAAUUUACUUCCGAUUCAAAAAUGCCGAGCAAGUAACAUAACAACGCCUUCCAUGAAUGGGUAACAUAGCAGAGGUGACUAAAACUAUGACAAGUAAGUUGGCUGCAGUAGUUCAAGCCAGUGCAAGUGCCACUUCAUUUUACUUCAAUCAUUCUGAAUUAAUGUAUGUGCUAUGUUUAGAGUUCAAGGGAGUGACUGCUUAUUAUGUAAAUAAUGCCAAAAAAUGAGAUAGUUCAACACAUAUUUUGUUCAUAUUGUUCAAAUUCCGUGCAUUUGGUUC